UGGCGGGAACUUUUUGCAUUGUCGUAACCGAACACGUCGCCUUAACUUAAGUUAAAAUAACUGGUGAUUUAUUCUAAAAGACAAUAGUUAUAAAGUGUUAAGAUUAAAUAUUAUUGGCGUGUUAUCAAGAACUUUGAAAAUUAAAACUGGUUAAAACUUGAACAUGACUUAAAGAAUCAUAGAAGUCGCAGAAAAAGCAAGAAAAAUGACCGACUUAAUUUUAAAUUAUCUGUGAAUUCCGCCAUACAAAUUUAAAUAUUAUGUAGCUUUUAAAUAUAACAGAAUUGUCCAAUGUCGGAUAUGAGAGAUAGAGUGUCAUAGACAAUGCCUAGCUACCUUGAAGCGGUUAUUAUUACUACCUUAAUACAGAUUUUACUUUCCUUCUCAGCCGUGAGCGGCGUCAGCUGGGAGGAAUGGUGGACCUACGACGGAAUUUCAGGGCCAGCUUUCUGGGGUCUGAUCAACCCAGAAUGGUCCCUGUGCAACAAAGGCCGCCGCCAGUCCCCCGUGAAUCUCGAGCCGGAAAAAUUACUCUUCGAUCCCAACCUUCGCUUUUUGCACAUAGAUAAACACAGGAUAAACGGGCUUAUAAGCAAUACGGGCCACUCGGUGAUAUUCACUGUGGAGAACGAGACGCGGCAUCACAUAAACAUCACGGGCGGUCCGCUCUCCUACAAGUAUCAAUUUCACGAGAUACAUAUUCAUUAUGGACUUCACGAUCAAUUCGGAUCCGAGCAUGCCAUCAAUGGAUAUUCAUUUCCAGCCGAGAUACAAAUCUUCGGUUUCAACUCGCAGCUUUACUCAAACUUUUCGGAAGCUUUGCAUAAAGCUCAAGGAAUCGUAUCAAUAUCAUUGCUGUUGCAAUUGGGAGACCUGUCGAAUCCAGAACUUAGAAUAUUGACGGAAGAGUUAGAAAAUAUCAAAUAUGGUGGUGCGGAGAUGCCAGUGAACAGGCUAUCAGUGCGAGGUCUGCUACCCGAUACGGACUACUACAUGACCUACGACGGGUCAACGACGGCGCCAGCCUGCUUCGAGACCGUUACCUGGAUCAUUAUUAAUAAACCAAUAUACAUCACCAAACAACAGCUACACGGACUACGUCGCCUAAUGCAAGGCGACGCUCGUCACCCGAAGGCGCCACUGGGCAACAACUUCCGCCCUCCGCAGCCGCUGCACCAUCGAGCGGUUAGGACUAACAUCGACUUCGACUUGAGCAAGUAUCCUGGAAAAACCUGCCCAAGUAUGCAUCGGGAUAUGCAUUAUAAAGCCAAAACCUGGACACAAUAUUAA